AAAGGGGUGUCAGGCCCAGCAGCAGCAGCAGCAGCAACAGCGGCAGCGGCUGCACGACCUGAGACUGAGACACAGACAGACGCUGGACGCUGGGCUUGUCGGGAGGAGCGACAGGCACGCAGGGAGGGCGGAAGCCUCACCGGACGAGUUUCAGCAGCUACUAGCUGGCUCUGCCUGUCUGGUCUGCCGGAGAGAGGGAAUUGGAAGCAUCCAGAAAAUCCUGACUGAGUGAGACAUGACAACUACCAUAGUUAAAUGGUGAAGCCAGAUAUAGUCCAAUUGCCAAAACUAAAGGUGUGAUUAUAAUAACAUAUGUGUCUGUGGGUCCUUAUACACACCCACAAACAUAUUGCUGCAGCCAUUCAAAUCGAUUGUUGCAAACUUCAAUAUUUUUGCAAUUUAUGAAAGUUAUUGCAAGCACCAGCAUAGCAAUCUGACAGCUAUGAGGACCAAAAAUCCAUGAAGUACCAUCUGCUGCUAGUGCUCAGCCUCCCAAAUGAUCUGCAACGAGUGAAGAAAAAAAACUGCAAAAAGCAAACAGAGCUAAACAGUCUCUGAACAGAGUAAAUGGCACCAGAACAUGUAAGAAAGUGAUAAAAUUUGAGCAGGAAAUAGAGUGAUAUUGUCAUUAUUCCCAAAGGAGGAAUUAUGUGAAAUUAUCACAUCUUUUGCUGUAUUAGAAUUGGAGUCACUGUGACUUAAUUGUUUGCCAAUUAAGGAGUGACAAAUAAUUUUACAGUAAUGAUUAAAGAACAAGCUAAGGGGUAAUGAGAACGCUCUCGAGGUUGACCUUCGGUGUUCACGCUUGUAUUAAAUUUGACAAUGGAGCUUGCUAUUUUUCCUUCUCUAUUCCUUGUUAACAUGGUACAAAUACAAAUAAAUAUUUGAUCAUCAAUAGUACUCAAAGCUUUUGGAACACUUUAAAAAUACACUCCACUGCCGCAAAUGUAUUGGUUAGAAUUAUGCAUUUGAGCUCUAAAGAAGCCAGUAAGGAAGGAGUUGAAGAACCAAGGAAGCAAAGUGGGCAACAGCACAACAAAAUAAAAUUUGUUUUUUUAAAAAAUUAGCCCGACAUUUAUUCCGAAUCGGCCAUUUUGCCUUUCUUUCUUUCUUUUUUUUUUUUUCAACACACUUGUUCAGUAAAUAAAAUACUCAACCUGCUUUUAAUUCUGAUUCAUCUUUUAGCAUUGAGGAUACAGACUUUCCAGCAAAAGGGGAAAGUCAACAGCUCGCUGUUUUAGAGAAGGCUUCAUAAGUCACCCAGGCAAAUGUUCUUGCUUUAAAACCUUUAGAAAGGUUUUAAAAAGUUUUAAAAGAAAACCACCUGCUAAAUGAAAAGACACUUUUGCUUUUACGCCUGUGCGCGGCAACAAUUUGUGGGGAAGCAGGCAAGGCAGCGUAAUAAAUUGGGUCAUCUGUGGAAUCGGCAAGAAUGCCACCGGCUGCCGAAGAAAUGGGACUUCCUUCGGAUUGCAAAUGGUCUGGGUGGAACAGUGAGCAGCUGAGUUUAGAAAGGGCUUUUUUUCCAUCUGGCCUGGCACGUUGCUAACUGCACCGAAUUCUGGCUUGUGGUCUUGCACAGUCUGUGUGCCUUUUUUCUCCCCUUUAUGCAAUCGUUCUCAGCUUUAGCAGCAGAUAUUUUGGUCUGGUGGGAAUAACAUGCCAGAGGGUGGAUUUGGGGAAAGAUAAAUGAAUACGCUCCGGGUUUACAAGUCCGACUGGAGGAAAUCUUUUUAAAGCCUUAAGUUACUUGAAAACCUUCACUUCUGCAAACUUUUGUCUCUGGAAUUGCGUAAUGCUAUACUGGAAAUCUCAGGCCGCAUGGUGGUUCUAUCCAAUUGAGCAAAAAGACGGCUCACCAUUUCCCGGAGCGCCUCUUCUGCAGUAGCUGUUUCUCCAAAGGACAAGUGUACCCCUCACUCCACUGACUCCAAAUCAACAUGAAUCUGACUGAUUUUCAUUUUUUUAAGUGUUACAUUUUCUUAGCCAACCGUCAUCAUCUUUUAUAAGGAAAUUUUUCACUAUGCAUUUGGUGGAUAUUUAUAAAAACUGAUCUUCUCUUCUGCUUCAGCCCCCCUCGAUUCUGAUCUGUCUUAAAACUUUUGGUCCUAUCGAUAGAAACUACAACCGCAAAGAGAUUUAUUUAUAUUUGCUGCACUAGACAUAGUACUUUUCUUAUGUCAAAAGGGAAAAAAUACAACGAAGCAUGUACGCAGCAGUGGAACAUGGACCUGUUCUCUUCAGCGAUUCCAACAUCCUCUGCCUCUCAUGGAAAGGCAGGGUUCCAAAAAGUGAAAAGGAGAAACCUGUAUGCCGGAGACGAUAUUACGAGGAAGGCUGGUUGGCCACAGGAAAUGGCAGGGGAGUAGUGGGCGUUACCUUCACUUCCAGCCACUGUAGAAAGGACAGAAACACACCCCAGCGAAUCAACUUCAAUUUAAGAGGCCACAACAGUGAGGUGGUUCUCGUGCGAUGGAACGAACCCUUCCAGAAGCUGGCAACUUGUGAUGCUGAUGGUGGAAUAUUUGUUUGGAUUCAGUAUGAAGGCAGAUGGUCUGUGGAGCUUGUGAAUGAUCGUGGAGCACAGGUGAGCGAUUUUACAUGGAGCCAUGAUGGAACACAAGCACUUAUAUCAUACAGAGAUGGAUUUGUGCUGGUUGGAUCAGUCAGUGGACAAAGACAUUGGUCUUCAGAGAUUAACCUGGAGAGUCAGAUCACCUGUGGCAUAUGGACACCUGAUGAUCAACAGGUCUUAUUUGGUACUGCUGAUGGUCAGGUUAUUGUUAUGGAUUGCCAUGGCCGAAUGCUGGCACAUGUUCUUCUUCAUGAGUCCGACGGCAUCCUUAGUAUGUCUUGGAAUUACCCAAGUUUCUUGGUGGAAGACAGUAGCGAGAGUGACACAGAUUCAGAUGAUUAUUCCCCACCACAAGAUGGCCCAGCGGUAUAUCCAGUCCUGGUUCAGAACACCAAACAGCUUCUCACUGUCAGCUUCACAUCAGGAGAUAUUAGCUUAAUGAACAACUACGAUGAUUUAUCUCCUACCACCAUCCGCUCAGGGUUAAAAGAUGUAGUGGCUCAGUGGUGCACGCAAGGAGACUUGCUGGCCGUAGCAGGCAUGGAAAAACUUAGCCAACUGGCCGAACUUAACGCUGCUUCUUUUCUGAAAAGUGCACUCGUCAAGUUCUACAAUAUUCAUGGAGAACACAUCUACACGUUGGAGACCCCUGUACAGCGCCCCAUAAUCUCAAUUUGCUGGGGUCAUAGGGACUCACGUCUGCUCAUGGCUUCUGGCCCUGCCCUGUAUGUUGUCCGAGUAGAGCACCGAGUGUCCAGCUUACAGCUCCUGUGCCAACAAACAAUAGCCAGCUCUUUGAGAGACGACAAAGAUAUCAGUAAAUUAACCCUGCCUCCUCGGCUUUGUUCAUACCUAACCACUGCCUUUACACCAACAAUCAAGCCUCCUAUCCCAGACCCUAACAAUAUGCGAGAUUUUGUUAGUUACCCAACAUCUGGCAAUGAAAGGCUUCACUGUACAAUGAAGCGGACAGAAGAUGACCCAGAAGUUGGAGGUCCUUGCUAUACAUUGUAUUUAGAAUAUUUGGGUGGUCUGGUGCCUAUCUUGAAAGGUCGUCGAAUUAGUAAACUCAGGCCUGAGUUUGUCAUCAUGGAUCCUAAGACAGAUGGAAAAGCAGAUGAAGUCUAUGGAAACAGCUUGAUUUCCACCAUGAUUGAUAGCUGCAACUGCUCUGAUUCCAGUGAUAUUGAACUGAGUGAUGACUGGGCUGGGAAAAAAUCUCCCAAAAUCACUCGUGCUAGUAAAUCACCCAAACUUCCCAGAAUUAAUAUAGAAGCUCGCAAAUCUCCAAAGUUAUCACGAGCUGCUCAGGAGAUAUCAAGAUCUCCCAGAUUGCCAAUAAGAAAGCCCUCCAUAGGAUCACCUAGCCUAACUCGUAGAGAAUUUCCUUUGGAAGACAUCACUCAGCACAAUUAUCUUGCUCAGGUCACAUCAAAUAUCUGGGGAACCAAAUUUAAAAUAGUAGGCUUGGCUGCGUUCCUACCAACCAAUCUCGGUGCAGUUAUCUAUAAAACCAGCUUGUUGCAUCUUCAGCCAAGGCAAAUGACCAUUUAUCUCCCAGAAGUGCGGAAGAUUUCCACUGAUUAUAUCAACCUACCUGUUUUCAAUCCCAAUGUUUUUAGUGAAGAUGAAGAUGAUUUACCAGUGACUGGAGCAUCAGGAGUUCCUGAGAACAAUCCACCUUGCACCGUAAACAUCCCAAUUGCUCCAAUUCACAGUUCAGCACAAGCAAUGUCACCAACUCAGAGCAUUGGGUUGGUGCAGUCUUUGCUAGCUAAUCAGAAUGUGCAACUGGAUGUCCUCGCAAAUCAGACAACAGCUGUGGCAACAGCAGACCACGUGGCUGAUAAUGCAGUCCAUUAUCCAAUCCCAAGCAGAUACUCUAGCCCAGGCCAAGUGAUCUUUGGAGGAGUAGAAAUGGGACGUAUCCUCCAGGUCCCUCCUCAGUUACCCUUGCCACCCCAGAAUGCCAUCCAGAUGGCAAUUGUGGACCACAGAGAUGGGGACAGAGACCACGAACACCUCCAAAAAGCUAAGGCUCUGCGUCCCAUCCCCCAGGUGGCUGAAGGAGACACAGCUGUCUUCAGCACUGCCCAAGAAAUUCAACUGAACAAAAUAAACCCUCCUCCUCCAUACCCCGGAACCAUACCUGCGGCUCCUACUACGGCUCCACCACCACCACCACCUCCUCCAGUACCUCCACAACCUCCGGUAGAUCUCUGUUUGAAAAAAGGUGAUUUCUCUCUAUAUUCAGCAGCCCAUUACCAGACCCCUCUGGGCUAUGAGAGAAUCACCACCUUCGACAGCAGUGGGAAUGUCGAGGAGGUGUGCCGCCCUCGAACCCGGAUGGUGUGUGCCCAGAACACGUACACUCUGCCCGGGCCAGGCAGUUCUGCCACUUUACGGAUUACUUCAUCAGAGAAGAAGAUUCAGCAGCCAUGCACUAGUGCCACCUUGAACAGGCUCACAGUUCCGCGUUAUUCCAUUCCAACAGGGGACCCACCCCCUUAUCCAGAGAUUGCAGCUCAGCUAGCUCAAGGCCGGGGCAUCACACAGAGGUUGGACAAUAGCAUCAUCCAUGCUACACUGCGGAGAAAUAGUAGGGAGGCAGCCCUGAAAAUGGCUCAGUUGGUGGACAGCCAGAGGGCCACUUUGCAGUUCCCACUGAAACUGAAGAGCAAUGUUGUGGGAGCCCAGUACCAGCAGCGAGUGCCAACUGCCCUGUACACAUGCAGCCAGUGCAGCAGCAACACGAACAAUGGCAUCAGCAACACGAACAAUGGAAAUGGGAACAUCAAUAAUAUCAACGCAAGCAGCGGCACAUCAGGCCUCAGCACUAUGAGGCCUGAUAUAACCACAGGAAGCAGCUCUCAGCACAAUUCAGUCAUUGCACACUCAGUCAGUACAUCGCCUUUGGCCUCCCAAUCCUCUUACAAUUUACUGAACCCACUUGACAAUUCUCGGGAGCGGACCGAUUACGUAAACUCUGCCUUCAUGGAGGAUGAGGCUCUUUCUCAACACUGCCCUGUGGAGAAAUCAGCACGCCACGUCCCUGUAGCCAUGGCAGAACCUAACAUUGCUGUAAAAAGACCACCUCCCUAUCAGUGGGAACCUAUGGUGAGCGAGGAGAUAUGGGUUCCUCAAGAAAGGACAGCUCAUAGUACUUUGCCCAACCCUGGUAAAUCCAACCCUCUAGUCAUUGGCCAAGCUCAACAUUUGGAUAUAUCCCGAGCAACCUUUGUUUCCCCCAAAUCUCCAACCAGUCCCACUGCCACUUUCCAGAUGAGUUAUGGUGUUGGAGCACCAUAUUUGGGAAAUUAUAGUAUCCCUCCUCCUCCACUUCCUCCUCUUCAAGGAAUGCAGGUCCCUUGUUCUCCCAAAGAAGCUCUGGCCCCAUCCCAAAUUGUACAACAGGAGCCAUCUGUUGUUCUUCAGCCAGCCUAUCCCUCAAACCUCUCCUACUGCCCUUUGCCUCCCAUGUAUCCUGGAAAUAGUACUUGUUCAAGUUUACAGCUGCCACCAAUGGCCUUGCAUCCAUGGAAUUCCUAUAGCACAUGCCCACCUUCUGUCCAGAGUACCCAGAACGUUCUGCCACCCAAGGCGCUUCUUGUGGUGGACAAAUCUGUUAUGUCUCCACCACCAGUAGAGCCUCCGGGUCAUGUGGGCUCUGAUGUGAUGGCAGAGACAGCAGAUAACUUCCAAGAAGUGCUCUCCUUGACUGAAAGUCCCAUUUCUCAGAGGACAGACAAGUUUGGGAAGAAGAAUCGCAAGCGCCUGGAUAGCCGGGCGGAUGAAGGAAAUAUGCAGGCUAUCACAGAGGGAAAAGUCAAAAAGGAGGCCAGGACCACAUUGACUGACUUCAAUUCCCUAAUAGCCAGCCCAAGACUGGGCAGGGAGAAGAAGAAACUCAAGAGUCAGAAAGAUCAGCUGAAGUCAAAAAAACUGAACAAGAUGAACGAAUUUCAGGACAGCUCAGAAAGUGAGCCCGAAUUGUUUAUUAGCGGGGAUGAACUGAUGAAUCAGAGCCAAGGGAGUAAAAAGGGGUGGAAAACGAAAAGGAACUUGAGGACAGCCAGCGAACUGGAUGAAUUUAAAUGUCGGAAAGCAAACGAGAAGGAAGAUGGGCGGCUGGGAAACCAGGGCUUUGUGUACGUGAUGGCAAAUAAACAGCCUUUGUGGAAUGAGGCAACCCAGGUCUAUCAGCUGGACUUUGGAGGGAGGGUGACUCAAGAAUCUGCAAAGAAUUUCCAGAUUGAGCUGGAAGGAAGACAGGUCAUGCAAUUUGGACGGAUUGAUGGCAAUGCCUAUAUCUUGGACUUUCAAUAUCCAUUUUCAGCGGUGCAGGCCUUUGCAGUAGCUUUGGCUAAUGUGACUCAACGUCUGAAAUGAAAAGAGAAAAACAGUCUAGGGAGGAUUACAAAAAUAAAAAAUAAAAAAAUAAAAAUCCACCCCACCCAAUGGAGCUUUCUCGUAAGGGCCAGCCCAGGAAAUGUCAGGGUGGAGGUCUAGUAGAGUUGCACAAAGGAAUCGGAGAGGAAAGGUGGAAAUGCAACUGGAAAAGUCUACAAGUGCCCAAAGGAGGGCAUCAACUUUAAACACUUGGGGGAAUGGGGUUGGGACCCUUUUGGUUUGGGGUUAAAUUUAUUUGAAUCAAUAUUUUGCUGAUUUUUCGGAGCAAAGGAAGGAUGAGAUCUAUUCGGUAUUAUGCUGGGAAAAUGUGGCUUUUGACUUGUGAUGGUUCUUCUGUGUUUGCUGCAAAAAAUAGCUAAUGUAAGAUGAUAGAGGGAUUUUAAAGAUUGCCCUUCCUUCCUUCUUUCCUUCCUUCCUUCCUUCCUUCCUUCCUUCCUUCCUUCCUUCCUUCUUCCCUCCCUCCCUCCAUCCCUCCCUCCCUUCUCUCUCUCUCUCUCUCUCUUUUUUCUUCACGCUGUUCUGUUCUUUCUAAACCGAGAAAUCAUGGCCCCUCACUUUGGACUUGUUGGUAUUAUUUACAUCAAUUCUAACAGCAAAAAAAGAACAAGAAGGCUAUAUUAUACUUGAAGACAUGUGUUUUUUCCCAGAUAGCUGAGCUCUGUAGGCAUGAUAGAGAUUUGUUGGAAAUCCAUAUCUAAUUUCUAAAAUAUUCUUCAAAAGAAAAGCUAUUACUUUGGGGGUAGUUUGCAAAAGAUGCUGUGUUGAAGAAGCUAGUGAGGUUUUUUUUCUCUUCCUUUUCAUUGUGAUCUGUGAUCUGGAUUAUGAGUCUGUACCAGACAGUAAAAACUAGGGGGCGGGAGGGGGGAGGCCAGGGAAUGAGGCAUGCAGAUACAUGUUGUUUUGAAAUAUUUGUAUUGAUUUUUGUAUGAAUGUAGGAUACAUAUGACUUGGUGUGGCAUUUAAGUAAGAGCUACAUCUUCUGGUCCUCACUUAACAAUGUUUACAAAUUAAAUAAAUAAAAAUGUAACUUUUGAGCAAUUGGAGUUCCACAACAUUGUAGUACUAAUCCAGAAGACUAUUGGCAAAAACUGGAGCACUUUUUGUGAAUUAUAGGCAACAGGUCAGAUUGGCAAACCAAAAUCAGAUCAGGAUUCAGCAUUUGAACUGGAGUUGGUACAUUUAGCUAAGAUUAGCUAAGGGUAGCUAGAUAUAGCUCUAUUUGGCUAAGAUUUAAAAAUGGAUGCACAUAAGCAGAUCGUAGAAAGGGAUUGUCUUAAGGUUUCACUGGAGAAAAUCAAGCUGAGAUAGUUAACAGUCCAAACAAUAUUGUGAUUACUCUUGAACUAUUAUGAGAAAAACUUGAUAUCUAACAGGAUAAGAGAAAAGCUAGUGUAUUACAUUGGAGUACAUUUCCUUUUCUUUUGCUAUUCUUGCCGUAUGAAUUCCACUAAGGAUGGAUGCUAAAUUGUAAAUCAGAAGGUUCCUGGUUUAUAUCCAGCUGAAUCUGUGCUGGUUGAAAAAUAAAACCAGAGGUGGAGAAAACUUCCCUUUUCUCUAUUUUUCAAUUUGAAUAUGACCAUUUGGCAAUAAAUUGGAGUGACAGUACCCCAAUAAAUUAUUUGAAAGUCAAAGCAGAGGGAGAAUGUAAUAGUAUUUUUAUUUAACUUUGGAUAGCGAGAUAUAUUAUUUCACCUUGAUAAAUUGUCUAUAAUGUGUCAAAACCUAUGACAGAUAUUCCAAAAGAGAUGGCUUUAAGAGUACGUGUGUCUGUUUUAUGAACUUAUUAGAUUCCUAUUUUCUUGGCUUUGAGUGUGCAAACCAAAACAGCUUCCAUGAAAUGUUGCAGAUUUCAGGAAAACAACAACAUUUUCCUUAUGCAGAAGUUUUAUCUAGAAGGAAAAGCAUACAGAAAUCAAUUUGGUCAUAAAUAAUCCAAAUGUUAUGUCCCAUAUUUCUCACAACUAGAAAAUUUUUAAAUUGCACACUUGUAGCAUAAGUACAUAAGUAGACUUCUUUGAUUAUUUUAGUAGAAACAAAUUCUAUUAACAAAGGAAUAAGUAGGGAGUGGGAAAUUUGGAGGAGCUGAAAAUUGCCGUUCGCUUCUUGCAUUAUCCCUAGCUUUUGCAGCUUCAUCCACUGUUAUUUCCAUUUUAGAAUGAAAAGGCUUAAAGUUGCAAAAAUAAUAGUUCUAUACUAAAGGGGCAUUUCUCAGGAUGUUGCAUUGUCUAUUUAAUGCAACCACAUGGGAUGAUCACAGAACACAAAAGUAUAAAUUGGUAGCUCCCCAUGUUGUACUUUUCAGCCCUAGACAAUCAUAGUAUUUGCAGCGUCCUUGAGGGAAAGGUAUUGGGGGGGGGGGGCGGAGGGGGAGAAUAAGCAUAUUCCUUUAUUGGAACCACUCAUCAGACAAAGAAGCAGAACAAAAAAGUUACCUAGUCCCCAUACAGUGGAUUCAAAGCAUCCCUAACCUUGUCUUUUCCUGCAGGAUACAGGCUUUGCCCUCCACCCUUUCUUGUUUUGAAUUUCCUGUCCAAAGUUAAUUGGCUUUUUUGGCUUGGAACCAAAGGUAUCUAGGCUCAGACUGUCCCUUCUUCUUGAUCCAGGGGAACAUUUGCCCAUUUCCUCUUUCUGGUACAGGUCCCUGGUGAAAGGGAGUCUCUAAUUCUGGGGAGCAGCUCUUCGGGACCCAAGAGUAGCUGCAUUCUUUGAGCAAAACAUCCAAAGAGAUAACUUUAUUGAAGAACAAAGGUUUCACCUGCUCAGUGUUAUGUCUCAAGUUGUUCAAAGCUCAGAAGUAAGUCUGAUAAAAGAAAUAAAUGAAUGAAACAGCAACCUUGGUUCUGACCAAUCAAGAGGGUUUAUGUGUCUCUUCUAACAGCUACAUUUUUGUUAGAUGCCUGUAUAUCAGAUGAUGGUUGUCCUUGGACAAGAGAAUUUUAAUAAGGCUUCUGAGUCAUGUAAAAAAUAUUUUAGAAUGCAGUUCUUGCUAUAUCCACCAGACACCUUUUUAUGAUAUCUAAUGUAGAAAGUCCAUCUUUCUAAAUUCAUAACUUUGAAUAACCACCAAUUGCAAAGCACACAUUUUUAUUAAUAGGAAUCUUGGCAACAAGUUUUGGUGCAAGAACAAUUUUGUUUCCUGAACGCUGGAUUUCCCCCCCUCCUAUUUGAGGGGAGAAUAAAUCAGUCCUCACAAACAGUAUAGAGGUUAGACAGACUGUAAGUCAGAAACCUGUGGUGUGUCCAACACUUUUGGAAUCCAAAUCUUAUCAAUCAGGUAGCAGGACUAGCAGUUAAGAAUAAAAGACAGGAUCCAAUACGAGUUGGAAAGCUGCAGAAUUCAUCUUGCUGUCCUGCUCCACUCUCAUUUGUUGGAUCCUUACUCGAUUCUAAUUCCAGAGGAGAGAUGGGUACCUUUUGAUGAUUUGAACAGAUUAAAAAUAAGCUAGAAAGAAAUUUUGACAGGGCAGAGAUGCAGUGACAUUGAAAGAGAUUCCCAGAGAUUUUUGAUCCACAUACAUGUGAUGCAUUAUGCCUAAAUCAAGUGUUACAUACUGUUUUGUUUUAAUUGUCCUAAACAAUCAGACUCCUCUUUUUUGGCUAUUUGCACACUUUGAAAGUGCCACCAAAAAAUAAAAAAAUGAUUUAUUUUGCUCAACUAUCUCUCCUUAACAAACUGCUGCAAUUUUCCAUUCUCCAAUAGCAUAAAUUGCUUUCCAUGUCUAAAUAUUCUCAACCUAAGCAGUGUGUCCCAACCUAAGCAAUUUUAUGAUAUGUGGAAUUCAAGAAUCCUCCAAUAAACAUGCUGGCUGGGGAUUUCUGGGAAUUGAAGUUCACACAUUUUAAAGUUGCCAAGGUAGAGAAAGACUGAUUUUGCCCCUGAAGAAAUUGCUGAGAAAGAUUUAACAACUGUCAUUUGCCGUAAAGUCCGCCAUUAUAUUCUGAGACUAUUUUGAACACCCUGUUGUUUUAAUUACUGGCCAUUCCCCUCUAAGAAAUCAUCCUCCGCAUUGAUGCAUUUGGAUAUUGCCUCCAGCACUCCUUGGUUGCUUAAUAAACAAAUAUAAUUACAUUAUAUUUGGUUUACAGUGUGAAAUUGAGGGUUAUUUUUAGGCCUAUAAGAAACCUUUAAUUGGAAAUGAUUGUUUUUAUUUAUAUAAAGCUUGAUCAUGUAUAUAUUAUUUUAUAUGCUGCUCCAUUUCUGAAGGCUCUUGAGUAUCUUGACUUGUGGUAUUUGGUAGUAUCAUAUACUUUUCAUCAUGGAAACAUAUAGCUUCAUACAAAAUACAACAAAUGCACUGCUCAGAGCCCGUCCCUGAGGGAGAUGGAUGGUUUAGAAAUAAAAUGGAUGGGUGGAUGGAUGGAUGGAUAGAUAAGAUAGACAGACAGACAGACAGACAGAGAUACAAAACCCAGAAACAAGAAUUGGCAUGUUCAGAACUUGUGCCAGCAUUUGACGUUUUGAGUCAUCAUCAUCAUCAUCAUCAUGUCCUGUGCAGAGCCCAUUGGCCAGUAAAUGAUUUCCAGCAGUUUUGAUUGUUUGCAACAUCUUUAGUUACAUCCCAAGAUACAUUAGUAAUCUUAAAAUCUUCCUUAAAUGUUUGGCGCUAGGUUUUCCGAGGCUGGCUUCAUUUCCUAUUUCCUCUAGGAAUGUGCAAUUUUGGAUGCCAGUCUUUAGGCAUGUCUAAGAUAUGACCAACAAAUUGCAUUUGACAUUCAUUCACAGUACUUGAUAGUGUUCUAAAUCUGAUCUUGGAUACUACAUAACUUAUAGUAGCCACCUGUUAAUGUCUCACAGUAAUUUUGAACUAGCUUUAGGGCUUGUAGCAAGGACCAAAUCUAGUUAGUCAAACUUACAGUGCUACUUGAAGUGAUGCCAUAGAUAAAUAAGACUAUUAGGACUUAAUGAAUGAGAAAAGGGCUCACCAGACUACUUUGUUUUAACUGUUUAACUCAUUUGUUUUAAAUGAGUUCUGAACAUGUUAACUAUGAUCGAAUGUAAUUUCUGGAAACGCCCAACUCCCAUCCCAAAUGAAUGAAGAAAAGCAAAUGCAGGAAUACUAAGUGUUCUAUGAGUUGAUGUUUAAGAAAGAAAACAACAACUGCAAAGUAAAUUAUUAACAGCAAUGGUUUGAUACUACAUAUAAAGUAGCUGAAAGGGAACACAGGUUUAUACAAGGCAUUCAAUUAUUUUUUUGGACUGAUACAAGCCUCAUAAUUUCUUUCUAACUCUACGUAACAUUACAAUAAAAUCUGUGAUCAUUUCCUCCACUUUAUUUUGUCUAAUGGAUAAGGCACCAGAUUGGAAACCAGGAGAGUGUGAGUUCUAGUCUUAUAUUAGGCAUGAAAGCCAGCUGGGUGACUUUGGGCCAGUCACACACACUCAGCCCAACUCUCCUCACAGAGUUGUUAUGGGGAAAAUAGAAGGAAGGAAUAUUAGGUAGGUUGCCAUCUUGGGUUAUUUAUACAAAUAUUAAAGGCAGGGUUAAAAAACUGAAAAAAUAUCUUUUUCAUAUAUUUUAUAUAGUAUUUAUACGUUUCAAUGAGAAUAUAGAAUCUUGAGUUUUACCACAAAUAUUUUAUUGGAAGGGAAGUCUUUGAAAAUAUACAAAAAUUAGAAAUAUUUUGGUGUAAUUGUUUUUGUUGUGUUUGUGAAACUGGGAAAGACCAAAUAACUUAAACUUAAAAUGGAGUACUGGUAAGGAAAUACUAUAGUAGAGGAAAUCCUUCAGCACUAAGCUUAUCUCUUAGGUUUCUUUGAGCAACUUUGGUAGUUCUAUGCAUCACUGGAUUCAAGACUUUACUCAAAAUUUAGUGAUUUUGAGUCAUUUUGUUUACAGUAAUGAGUUAUGGUAGUGUUACAAUGGAACCUCUCAUCGGAUUGACUAGCAAUCUGGCUCAGUACAUUUUGAAGGCACUUGACACAAACAUUAAUAAAUCUAAGCAUUGCUGAAUUAAAUCUUACCUAGAUAACAAUCCUAUGCUGUACUAUAUGUGGAUUUUGAAUAAGAAAGGAUGGAUAGACAUAAAUGAAGUAUGAAAUAAAUAAAUCCUGCCCCUUCAGAGAAAAUAUUUGUAAUAUCCUGCACCGGUAAAAUAUACAUUAAGACCUGUGUUGCCCUUGCUUGUUCCUUCUUUGAUAAGCAAGACCUGCAUAUACAAGAUAUUCUUUGGGAGUUUGAGGAAAAUGCCUUUAAACUUGAUUGAAUCAUUCCAGCAGUGAGAUAAUUAUCAAGCAUGCAAUUAGUGGUCACCUUUGCCAAUUACCUAGGGAGAUUUAGAUACAAUGUAACAUGCCUGCAUGGUUGGCCAUUGCUCAUUUUCUCUAUCAAGAUUUUUUUCCACUAUUUAUGUAAAUACAGACCUUUGUUGGCCAAUAAUUUUGUAAUGGCAUGGCAGGUAAUCAUAGACAAGUGAAUCAGCAGAGUAUUUUGUCUGUCCUGUUCACAGUAUUUGGUUACACACAUAAAAAAAAACCUCCAGCUCUCAUAUGCAUCUACAAAUUUAAAGAAAGAAAAAUAAUAAUAUCAGAAUCAGUUUUUGUAUUUGUUGUUGUUAGAUGCGAAGUUGUGUCCGAUCCAUCGCGGCCCCUUGAACAACUUUCCUCCAGGCCUUCCUGUCCUCUACCAUCCCCCGUAGACCAUUUAAGCUCACACUGCUUCAGUGACUCCAUCCAGCCACCUCAUUCUCUGCCGUCCCCUUCUUUUGCCCUCAAUCAUUCCCAGCAUUAGGCUCUUCUCCAGUGAGUCCUUCCUUCUCAUUAAGUGGCCAAAGUAUUUCAGUUUCAUCUUCAGGAUCUGGUCUUUUAAAGAGCAGUCAGGGUUGAUUUCCUCUAGGACUGACAGGGUUGAUUGCCUUGCAGUCCAAGUGACUUUCAGGAGUCUUCUCCAGCACCAUAGUUCAAAGGCCUCAAUUCUUUGACGCUUAGCCUUCCUUAUGGUUCAACUUUCACAACCAUAUAUUGCAACUGGGAAAACCAUAACCUUGAGUAUACACACUUUUGUUGGCAGAGUGAUGUCUCUGUUUUUUAGUAUGCUGUUUAAUUUUGCCAUAGCUUUCGUCCCCAGGAGCAAGCGUCUUAAUUUCUUGGCUGUAGUCCCCAUGUGCAGUGAUCUUGGAGCCCAGGAAAAUAAAAUCUGUCACUACCUCCAUUUCUCCCCAUCUAUUUGCCAGGAAUUGAGAGGGCCGGGAGCCAUGAUCUUAGUUUUCUUAAUGUUGAGUUUCAAGCCAACUUUUGCACUCCCCUCCUUCACCCGCAUCAAGAGGCUCUUUAGUUCCUCUUCACUUUCUGCCAUUAGAGUGGUAUCAUCUGCAUAUCUGAGGUUGUUGAUAUUUCUCCUGGCAUUCCAACUUGUGAUUAAUCUAGCCCCGCCUUUCUCAUGAUGUGCUCUGCAUAGAAGUUAAAUAGGCAGGGCGACAGUAUACAACCUUGCCGAACUCCUUUCUCAAUUUUGAACCAAUCAGUGGUUCCAUGUCCAGUUCUCACUGUUGCUUCUUGACCCGCAUAUAGGUUUCUCAAGAGACAAAUAAAAUGGUCUGGAACUCCCAUCUCUUGCCACAAUUUAUUGUGAUCCACACAAUCAAAGGCUUUAGCAUAGUCAAUGAAGCAGAAGUAGAUGUUUUUCUGGAACUCCCUAGCUUUCUCCAUGAUUCAACACCAUAUAUUGGCACUUAGAUCUCUGUUUUUGUAUUAGGUGACUCCUAUGAGAGAAAUGAAUAUGAUAGACAAGAGAAAUGGUUGUUACCUCUUCUGUUCCUUCUAGCUCUUUAGGACCAAUGUACUACUACAAUUGUCUUUCCUGCUUGUAGCAAAACUUCUAUCCAGCGGGCACUCAAACUAAGAAGCAGCCAGUGAAAUCAUUCAGCUGAUGGUCCCUGCUCGUUAUAGCAAUAGAGCUAGUUAGAAAUUCAACGGUAUAACAAGAAUUUUUCAAAUCAAAUGUUUCAAAAUACAAUUGGAAAAACUGAACCAUUAAAAUAGGUAAUUUUAAUGACAGCUUUCCAUGUUGCAAUUGUGGGCCUUUAUUGCAUACUAUUUCCAAAUAAUACAGGAGUACAGAGGGAAUAGAAUCUGAUUCAGGUCUAAAUACAGAUACAGUCUGGGUUUUCUAAAUGAAUACAUUAUAUGCAACUGACCCCUGACUGAAAUAUACUGAAGAGUUAGGAGGAUCUUCAAAUUAUCCUCUCUCUCUUUCCAUUUUGUGUCCACCCUCUCCCCAGAUUUGUUCUUCCCCUCUUUUUUGUGGUGAAGAAUUUUUAAAACUUGCUGUUCGCUGUAGAUACAACUUUUGUAUUACAGAAUUGCAUGGGGAUAUAGUUUGGUUGAGGCACUGUGGUCUUUAUUGAAAAAUGCAUUUGUUAAUAAAAAUGCAUAAUUCGGGUACUUUAAUUUUGAUAAAUGUUUUUGAAUUUAUCUGCUUUAUUUCUUUUUGUGUUGUUAUUUGAGGAACGGGUUUUGUGGUUUUUUUUCUUUGUUUUGCUUCAUCUUGGGGUUCAGUUUUCUCCAUGUUUUUACAAAAGUAUGUGCUUAGAUAAUGUAAGUUUCCUAAACAUGCGUAACUUGCAUGACACUCUCAGUUCUGUAGAGAAAUUGAUACAUUUCUCUGAUUGCUGCACCUAUGAUAUUUUUAAAUGGCCCUUUCAAAUAAUUGGUUCAUUUUUUGAAAAAUCUUCUAUUCAGAUCUGAUUUUCAUUGUAAUUAUGAACCGUGCCCUGAAUUGCCUCUCCUGUUAUGUGCUCUGUGUAAUAGAUUGUGGAGAAGAUACCUAGAAAGCAUUAAGUGGUUUCCCUUCAAUAAUGUGAUUUGUUCCAACUUUUGACUGUCUACAUGAUUGAGAUUGGGUUGGUGGCCCUAAUAUCCUUGAUGAUUUGAAACUGUAAGAAUUGUCCAGGUGUUGCUUAUUAAAUUUUUUGCAAGCUAGAGAA